AAUCCAGCAACACGGACACACUGACACCUGCAUCUGGGAUACAAUACCCGCUUCACACUCCCACUCCUUUAAAUAAACCUUCCUUCCUUCCUUGCUUAAACUAAAAUCAAACUCAGAGAAUCAAAUCUAACCCCAGAAAUUUCAUCAACAACAGGAUGAGAAUAUUCGGGUUAAAACAGAAAAGAAUGUUAUUGUUAUUACAUUCCAUUAAAUCCCUGAUUUUGUUAAUGGGAAUUAUUACAAUUUUUGGGUUAACUUUGCUAAGUAUUAGGCUCGUAGAUCCUUCGACUGAAGCUGUGUUUUCCAUUACUUCUUCCCACAAAAUUUCAGAUUCAACUUUAAUCUCUAUUUCUGUUAAUAAUAAUAAUUACAUUAACCCAGAUUUUAAUGUUUCUUCAUCUUUAUCUCCUCAAAAUAGUCAUGGGUCUGUGAAAACGGCGUCGUGUGCUACUGUUGAAGAGAUGGGGAAUGUUUAUGGCCCUGAUUUUGGUGCUUCGAAAGAGUCGCUCCGUGUUAGAAGGUUAAUUCAUCAUCAUUUCCUAAUCAACGGAGCUUCAAAUGUUAGGAAGCUCCCUCCAGAUGAAUUUUGUCGGCAUGGUUUUGUGAUAGCAAAAGCAGCUGAAGCUGGAUUUGGGAAUGAAAUGUACAAGAUAUUGACAGCUGGAGCAUUAAGCAUCAUGUUGAAUCGUUCCUUGAUCAUCGGGCAAACCAGGGGAAAAUAUCCUUUUGGGGACUAUAUUACUUAUAGCAACAAGUCAUUUACCCUGAAAGAAGUCAAACAUCUGUGGAGAAAGAACGGUUGUGUGGCAAAAUAUGGUCGUUAUUUGGUUGUUCGUGUUGAUGAUUUUCAAAAGCCUUUGCGUACCAACAUCCUCUGCAGCAACUGGAACAAGUGGCAGCAGCCUAUCAUAUGGUUACAAAAUACAACAGAUGCUGUUGCAGCUCAAUUUUUCUUGAAGAAUGUGCAUCCUGAGAUGAGGAGUGCGGCUUAUGAGUUGUUUGGAAAGCCAGAACUUAAUUCUAGACCUAACGUUUUCGGGGAGUUAAUGCGACUUCUAAUAUCUCCUUCUGCGGGUAUUGAAGCUGCAGUUAACUCUGUUCUUGCCAGUGGUGAAGACCCAGAUAUCACAUUGCACAUGAGGAUGCUGAUGAGCAGAUCAUUGUGGCCAGUGCAAUCAGCAUUAAGUUGCAUCAGGAAAGCCAUGGAGAAUCUCGAACAGGUGGCAAGACCCAAGGUUGUCUUAGUCUCUGAUACCCCCUCUUUCAUAAGCACAAUCAAACCCAGUCUACAAGAACUUGCUCAGGUUGUGCAUUUUGAUUACAAGCAUUUUAGAAGAAAUAUGUCCCUUGACGUGAGCAGCAAAUCACAUGAUUUAGAAUUUAGGAGCAAAGACUGGGGACCAGCACCUAGAUGGGUUGCAUUUGUGGACUUCUUUCUUGCAUCACGAGCAAAAUAUGCUGUUAUUUCGGGGGCCAAUAGGCGAGUUGGAACAACCUAUGCCCAACUUAUUGCAGCUUUAGCUGCAGCUAAUAGUCUUGAUGAAAAUUCCCACACAAACCCUGGCUUCUUGUUCCUAAGCAGCUUUCAUAGCAAUAUGCUGCGAAAUGGAUUGACCAAUCAGAUUGGAUGGGGACAUGCAUGGAACAGAUUUGCUGGCCCGUUGAGUUGUCACGGACAACCGAACCAAUGUGCAUAUACGCCACUUCUUCCACCGGGUUGGUGGGACGGGAUUUGGCAAUCUCCGAUCACCCGAGACAUUCGCAGAUUGAAAAUGUAUGGCGUCCGAGUAUCUGGUUUGGGCACAAUUGAUGAAGAACAUCUCCAGUCUUACUGCAAAUCAAAGAAAAAUACAGCGGUUAAGGUUCCAGUGUCAUCAAUGUAAUGCUAUAAUAUACACCGAGGAUAUCUUAAUUUUGUAAGUGUAGUAGGUAUUCUCAUUUCACCCAGCCCUCAGUAUAUAUAAAGGCUAAUUCCUCUUCAUUAUAUUUAGUUAGAGGGGAAUUAAAGUAUUCUAAUGCUUGUAUACUUCAAUUUGAAGCCAUUAUAUUUCUAUUUUUCGUAACUAAUCUUAUGCUUAACUUACUACGAA